GAUUCAACCAACGCAAGAAAAGCUCACCUGAAUACUUUUCAGAACCUGGUGGUUUCUCAGCAAUACAUUUUCAAAUAAGAAAAACAUUAGCAAUGAAGGCCUCGCUUCGUCAGAAUACAGUUAUUGGAAUUCCAAUCUCAGUGGCAUGCGAAGUUGGCAAGUCAUCAAACAGGUACCUUCUCGAAUCUGCGAGCCAAUACAACAAGUCUACAGAAUCUUCAGAUCAGAGCAACGCAAAUUCAGUUCUUGGUAGGGUGAACAAGUUCGGGAGAAAUGCUGACAGUUUUGCUCAUGAGGUUCAAGAGCAUGUUAGAUUGAGGCCAAAGAUAGCUGAUACAGUAAAAGGGAAGUUAAGCUUGGGAGUCCGAGUUCUCAAGGUUGGUGGAUUCAAGAAAAUCUUUAUGCAGUUGUUUGGAUUCACAGAAGGAGAGAAGUUGCUGAAAGCAUCACAGUGCUACUUAUCAACAACGUCUGGUCCUAUAGCAGGACUCCUCUUCAUAUCCACGGAGAAGGUUGCUUUUUGCAGUGACAGAUCCAUAAAGAUCACAUCACCUAAAGGAGAAAUCAUGAGAGUCCAUUAUAAGGUCAUGAUUCCACUUGAAAAGAUAGAGUGUGUAUGCCAAAGUAACAAUGUGAAGAAGCCGUCACAAAAGUACAUUGACAUAGUUACUGUGGACAACUUUGAUUUCUGGUUUAUGGGUUUCUUAAAUUAUCAGAAAACUUUCAAAUACCUUCAGCAUGCUAUCUCUCAAUCUUAGAGGAAGAGAAAGUUGAAGCAUUGAUGUUCAAUACCAUGCUUCAUCAGUUAUUCUUUUCUAUAGAAACAAAGAGCACAUACGUGUUCCAAUAGGGUACAUAAUUUCAUUGAUAAGAAAAUGCCACUUUAGCCAUGUCGGGCUGAAAAAUCAGGUUGUAGAAGCAGGGUGGAGUGUAAGUAGCGAGUAGGGUUUUAGCCUCUCUGGAUGUAAAUAAAAAAGUUACGUUGAUGUUCA